AUGGAUAACGCGGCGGUGGCGUAUGUCUCCAGGGCUAGUCCGAGGAAACGAUCCUGUGUAGACUCGGACUUCGACGCGGAGGAUGCAAAGCCGGCCGUCUGGUUCAAGGACGGCAAUGUCCCCCGUAUACUCGAAAUGAGAUUUUUGCGCCAUCAUGGUGCCCUCGCCGGCGUGAUCAUCGACUCACUCACGUACCUCUCCCUCCUCGGCGUCUUGCUCAUCACGUUCCGACGCCAUCACACCCACAAGUCCGCCGAGGUCGCCGCCGCCGUCGCACUUGCUAAAAGUGCUCGGCGCCGCCCCGCGGACGAGGACGGGGACGACCCUCCGCCCGGUUCGCCUAUCAGUCUGCACGGGGGCAUGGCGCAGUUGGAGGUCCCGCUAGCCUACAGGGAUGGCGACGCGAGCUCGUCGGGCUUUGAUAGGGUGAAUAGCUCCGGGUCGCUCUCAAGGCUCAGCGAGCAGAGCGCGCUGGCGGGCCUCACGUUGGGUCCAUCGAGCUACUUCGCUGACGCGUUCGCCAGUGCCGCCUCUGCGGGCCGCCGGCGCAGUACGAACCCGAAGCGCGACGAUCAGUCCUACGACCUCACGGCAGGUGCUCAAUACGCUCAGUGUGUCCAACUCGCCCCGGCCGUCUGCUAUGGGGCGGCGUGGCAAGUGCCCCUGUGCCCCUUGUUGCCACCCCCGCCCGGAACACCGAAUAUCGGGGCGUAUGCGCCGCCAACCUUAACCUCAGGUACACCAGGCUCCGACAAACCGCGAUAUCAUGUAAAUGAACCAGCAGGCUACUCCAAUAUCAUGCCAAGUUAUCAGUUCGUCGUCGUCAUCGGCGUCGUCGUCGACAAAAGCAUCGUCGCCGACAAAGUCAUCGUGGUCGGCAUCGGCGCCAUACUCGAGGCAAGCCUUGAAGUUGUCAGAGAUGUUAAGGAUGUCUUCAGCGAUUUCGUCCUCGACGUAGGCAUUAUCCUCGAAAUCGGCAUCGCUAGGAGCUUCUAUACGGUUCCGUUCGAAGCUCCGGACAAAAGCCCGAAGAUCUCGAGUGCUACCGAGGUUUACUUGAUACCAGUUAUGGGCAUGGGACCAGCGUACUGUCAGUGUCGGCUGUCGAGAACUAAAGUCAGUGGCAGUGAGCUCCGCACUCAGAGGACUCACCUCUGA